AAAUUUCCAACGUAGGCGGAUAAAAUUGCUAUCAAAAUAAAAAAAUGAUGCCGAAGCUGGGUUGUUUUUCUUUUUGGCUAAUGGUCGUGAUCGGAGCAGCAGUGGCCGUUGAAGUGCAGAAAUUCGGCUAUCUGUUCAAUCCACCUCAGCCGGAACACCCUCAUCACGAGGAGAAGCAAGACCUGAACAAAAUACCCGGAGUUCCGGGCGUAGACUAUCCGGUUUAUCACGAAGUGCCUCACACCGGGUUCAGUUGCCACAAUGUCCCAGCCACACCGGGCAUGUACGCCAACGUGGAAACGGGCUGCCAGGCCUAUCAUGUGUGCCACGAUGGACGUGAGGGUCAUCAGGGGGCCUCGUUCCUCUGCACCAAUGGCACCAUCUUCAACCAGAAGGAGUUCGCCUGCGAUUGGUGGUACAAUGUCAAGUGCGAGGAGGCCACAAACUUUUAUCAUUUGAACGCCGAUCCGGAGCACAACCCCUAUUUCCCCAAAAAGAAGCCGGAGCUGGAGCCUUUGGGUCAUGAUUAUCAUGAUGCUAGCAAAUUUUUGAUUCAAGCCUAAGUCGGGUUUCGUUCCCAUUUCGCUGUUGUUUCCCAUUUUGUAAAUACAAAUUUAAUUUAAUAAAUAUUGGCACUCAUUUAACAAUUAAAUAAAGAAACA